AUGGUGUCUCACCCCCUUCACCAAUCAAAGUCCAUCUUCUUUCUUGUCUUAUUCAUCCUUCUCAUCAAAACCCUAAAAGCACAACCAACUUAUCUCCUCAGCUAUUGUUACACAUCAGGCAACUACACGUCAAACAGUCUGUACAAAUCCAAUCUAGAUUCUCUAGUAUCCGUUCUUCAAUCACAAUCAUCCAACAAAGGAUUUUACAGCUACACCUCGGGUUCUUCCCCAACCACAACAGUGUACGGGACCUAUCUAUGUCGCGGAGAUAUCUCGUCCUCAACAUGUGAGACAUGCAUCUCAAGAGCAUCCAAAAAUGUUUUUAUAUGGUGUCCUGUCCAAAAAGAAGCAAUCAUAUGGUAUGAAGAAUGCUUCCUCAGAUACUCCAACCGUCAAAUAUUCUCAAUUCUUGAUCAAGGGCCAUUUGUCACAUGGACGACUUACGAUACCAUGAUAUAUCAAUCUUAUUUUAUCAACACUGUGGAAAACCAUAUAGAUGGGUUGAUACGAGAAGCCUACUCGAGCUCUUCAUAUUUUGCGAAAGAGACUUAUCAAGUGAGUUUUCUUGGAGAAGCAUAUGAUCUAUAUGGUUUGGUGCAAUGCACUCCCGAUUUGGAUCAGUAUGAUUGCUAUAGAUGCUUGAAAUCCGCAUAUAACGAGACUGAAGAUUGUUGUUAUGGAAAGCGUUUUGCGUUGGUUUACUCUACCAACUGUAUGUUGACAUAUAGAGCCACUUUAUUGGCGCCACCACCCCCUCCUCCUCCGCCACCGCCUCCCCCACAACGUCUUUACCGUGAAUAUGAUAGUCCUAGUUCCGACGAUUCAUUUUCAUUUAAGUUGAAAGGUAAAGUGUUUCGAAGAAUCAUAGCACCGGUGAUAGCUGCGGUGGUAAUGAUCUUGGUGAUUUGUGUGUGUUCUCUUUGUUGUUGUUGCAUUAAGAAGAAGAAAAAGCAAGCGAACGAAAGGGAAACAUCGAUAGAAACUUCGACGCCUAACAUCGGUGAGAACCUCCCAAUGGAGAAAACCGAAUCUGGUUUACCAAAUUAAUUACUCAUCGUCUGUUUAAAUCCGAUUUUAAUUACUAUGGUAUGCUUCAAAAUAAGAUUGAUUAUUGUAUUUUUAUUUUUAUUUUAGGCUAAGUAACUGGUUGAUAUAAUUGUUGAAAUCAACAAA